UCUACGAUGCCAUGGCAACCACCAAAGCUCCACCUGCCGGUGAAGCUGCAGAAAGGCUGUUAAAUGAACCACUGAGGUGGGAUUAUUUCCUGCCUCCAAAUCCUUUGUAAACACUAGAUUACCAUAUUUACACAUUACAAUAAUUGUGGAAAGGUUUUUUUUUUUUAAAAUCCGGGGUCUUACCAUAGAUUUUACUGUUUAUUAGAAAUUUAUGUCAGAACGCUUAUGAAUGUUAGCAUAACCAGUCCGAUAGCAGCACAGAUGAGGUCUGCUGUUAUGUUUACACAUUACCAUACAGCUAUUUCAUCUCCAUGGUUACUAACAACAUCGGCUAGUCUGAAGCAUCGCUCAAUACUUGACUACCACUGGGUUUGAACUUCAGCAGGUUAUCUUGACCACAUCCACAUUGGCUGGUUAGAUGUAAGCAGUUGAACAGGAAUACCUAAUGAAGUGGCCAGAUGCGAUGCAGUUGCCCAAAACCUGUCAGUGACCCACCCACCUAUUGUAUCAGAGCUGCGGGAGUUCUGAGGUACAAUCGUGAGUCUGACAAUCACAGGAUGAAUUUAACAAGUUUUCCCCAAAGGUCCCAGACAGAAUACCCAGCACAAUGUGAGUACUGUGGGGAAAAGGCUCAUCCUCUACUUGUUCUAACAUGGGUACAUAAUCCUGAGACCCACUUCUGUUGUGCUCAGCGGCAGCAGCUAUGUCAAAUGCUGGUGAAGCAGAGACUUUUGUUUGAGGAGAGAUCUAACCUAACCUUUGGUAAUCUAACUUCCAAAGACCACAUGGAAAUUCUGUACCACAAAUCCAGACAGAGUGAAGCUUACCGCAUGUUUAUGAAAGGCUUUCUGAGAAAACCUAGAAUACAAUCAAGAGAAUCUACAAUCUACAGUGGUUACCCAGGGAAGACCUCUGUCUCUGCACCAGGGGUCUUCAGGUUAAGACUCUCACAUGCUCCAGGAAAGGGGACAACGUAUUGCAGUAGCACAAGUGAAAAAUGCUUAAAAAUGGAAGAGGAGGAGGUGUUGCUCCCUUUUUAUGAUUGGAAACCAUUUCAGUUUGGCAUAUGUAAUCAUCAGGUGGGGUCUGAAGUUUUACAGAAAUUUUAUUCCAGUGGCAUCAAAUUCCUUACCAUGUUCCCUGAUGGCUCUGCUCAGGUCUUUUAUCCCUCCGGCCUCUUGGCUGUACUUAUCGUGGUCACUGAACACAAUGGAAGAGUUUGUAUAGUGUAUGACGACGUCAGUGCCCCUAAUCAACAAAUCAGAGCUAUAUUCCAGUCUGAUGGCAGAGCGACAUGCUAUCACACCAAUGGAAACAUAUGGCUGUCCUUAAACAUGUCUGGUGGCCGAUGCUUAAACAAUGCAGGCAACGUAACUUGUAAGUGGAGCUGGGGUACUCCCACGCCCCUGCAGCCCAUCUUUCUGUCCCUCAACAAAACUGUUGGAGUUCGAGUCCUGGGGAACAAACAAGUGUUUGUUUCCUUCUUGGCGGGCAGGCAACAGGCUAAGUUCAGUGUGGGUACCUGCUGUGCUCAGGGUGAAUACGUGCAUACUUCAGGCUCAUCGGUCUCUAAAGACGAGCUGCUGGCAUUGGCAGCCAAAAUCAGGAUCCACGCAGCAAUUCAGCAUCUUCACCAGUACCUGACGACGCCCUUACAUCCCCAAAAACUUAAUACUACACCAGCCCAUCACUUACAGGUUACUGCUCAAAGGCUCCUGAAAGUCAGUGAUGAUGUAAUGAUGAAUGACAGUGACAAAGCCUUCAUCCUCAAGUGCCUUCAGGAUUGUUGAUGUAUAUGUAAUAUUGGAACAUGAUGACAGUGACUGAAAAAACCCCCCCACAAAAAAACCCCAAAAAAACUGGAAAAACAUUUUGCAUGUCUCAUUUUUUGACUUUAGUUACCAGAAAACUAUAUCACCUAAAGAAAAAAAACAAAAAACAUUUCAUGUACUAGCACCUGAGUGCCAGCAUGUCGAUAUUUUAAUAUAUAGAGAUAAUCUUUAUAGCAUGCUUGGCUGAAUCAGUAUUUUCUCAUUUUUAAGGCCAGACUUACCUUUAUUUUAAAUUCAAUUUAAAUGGAGCCCAGUUUUACAAAGAGAAUAUCAAGUAAAGGUGUUAUACAAUUAACCCAAUAAAUGACUUUCAUUA